AUGGAGGAAGACUUUGGGACGCUCUCCGAAAAGUUUUCUUCCCGGCGCUUUUUCCGAAAAGCGUCAGCGGAGCUUCACGACAUGCGGCUCCAAACGCAGCAGGUGGCGAAGGAGGAGGAGGAGGAAGAAGAGCUGAAACCCAAACCCAGGCGAGGUCGUCAGAACACUCCCUAUUGGUAUUUCUUACAAUGCAAAGCAUUGAUCAAGCAAGAUAAGCUGGCCGAGGCCCUGGACCUGUUUGAGGUGCAGAUGCUGAAGGAGGAGCGCCUCCAGCCGGAGGAGAUGAACUACACGGUCCUGAUCGGCGGCUGCGGCCGGGUGGGCUACGUGAAGAAGGCCUUCCAACUCUACAACAACAUGAAGAAGCGAGGCUUGACCCCCACCGACGCCACCUACACGGCCCUCUUCAACGCCUGCGCACAGUCGCCCUGGAAAGAUUCGGGCCUGCAGAUGGCGCUCAAGCUGCAGCAGCAGCUGCGGGACCGCGGCCUGGAGCUGAACGUCAUCAGUUACCGCGCGCUGCUGAAAGUCUGCGCCUUCUGUUCCGACCUCCGGAUGUGCUUGCAGGUGUUCAAGGAAAUGGUCCAGAAAGGCCAUGGCGUCACCACAGAGACUUUCAACUUUUUGCUCAUGGGCUGCAUAAAAGACAAAGAGAACGGUUUCCGGUAUGCCCUGCAGCUGUGGCAGCAGAUGACGAAGCUGAACGUCAGACCCGACAGCUACACCUACAACUUGAUGCUGGCCGCCGCCAGAGACUGCAGCCUGGGUGACCCACUGGUGGCUUCGGAGCUCUUGCUGAGAGCGCCUGAGGAGCGCCCAGCCCUGCCGAGGCAGAAGGCCGGCAGACAACGGCGGAAGACGAAGGGUCUUGGGGGGCCGCAGUUGGAUGUCGAAGUCCUGGAAAGACGCAUGUUUCCGGAGAAUCCCGUAACACCCGCGGAGCCUUUUGCCAGCCAAGGAACUGGGGCUGGCGAGACGCUCGCAGAGGAGGAGGCUAGCAGUGCCUGCACCGCACCGGAAUCCAGCGGAUCCGAGAACUUGCCGGUCUCUGAUCAAAACCGGCUAGUUCCAGGUUUUGCAACGGCAAACGUAGUGCUCUCCACGAGCGCUUGCUCUUCUCCCAACCUGCUGGACCUGUCGACCGCGAGUGGCAACCUGAUUUCCUUCGGGACGGUGGCCACCCCCUCCGACAGGCUGGCCCUGAUGGGGAACCUGGAGGGCUUCCUGAAGAAGAUGAAGGAGGACAACGCGGCGGCCAACAUCAAAACUUUUACGUUGCUCGCCGAGCUGGUGGAGCCCGGCAGACCGGCCGAAUCGUCCUUAUUGGCCGUGAUGGAGGAGCACAAAGUGAAACCCGACCUGACCUUCUUUAAUACCCUGGUGAGGAAGAAGAGCAAACUAGCGGAUCUGGAGGGAGCAAAGAGCCUGCUGCCCAUCCUGGUGAAGAAAGGACUGUCCCCGAACCUGCACACUUUUUGCAACCUGGCAAUAGCCUGCCACAAAAAGGAGGACGGAGUGCAGUUACUCUCCGACAUGAAGGUGAAAGAAGCUGUAGCUUUUGGGUCAGAGUGGUGUGUGGUAGACUCAGUGAUGUUGGCUUCCUUUUUGCCCAUCCUGGUGAAGAAAGGACUGUCCCCGAACCUGCACACUUUUUGCAACCUGGCAAUAGCCUGCCACAAAAAGGAGGACGGAGUGCAGUUACUCUCCGACAUGAAGCGAUCCGGGAUAAACCCCAACAUCAACAUCUACGGCGCGCUUAUCCAAGCGGCUGUGAAGAAACUGGACUACGCAUACCUCAUUGCAAUCCUCCGGGACAUGAGCGACACGCAGACGGCCCCAAAUGAAUAUGUCUUGCAGUUGCUAGAGUUCGCCGCUCAGUAUCCUCCGGACUAUGACCAAUACAAGAAAAGAGACCCCUACCUGGAAAAAAUCAACGGCUUUAGAAAGUACUACUUCCGCUGGCUGAAGUGGAUGGCUGCACAGGAAGAGCCCCACCCAUGGGCCAAAUACCGAUCGGGUAAACAGUCUCAAAAAGAAGCUAGCACCAGAGAGGAAUAAACCACACAGCGGGAAAGGUACCAGGAAGCAGCCGCUUGCCUGUGCCUCGCCACCAUUGCUAUGGAGCGUUAUGUGCCAUUCCCGUCACCCUUUUGCGGCAUUUAUCACGUCCUUGACGUUGUAAAAGUCGGUAUCCGUAAAAGCAUGUAAAUAAAAC